ACGACAGCAUCGUAAGGUGGUUAUCGGUCUGAAUAAGCAUCAACACAAAGGAAAUCGCGAAGCAAAGAACCACUUGGGAUAUACCCCAAGCAAGAGGAGAACAUAGGGACUGCCAGAAAGGGGAGCUCCGUGUAACCUUUUCCCCAACAAAAUUGCAAGUUCCUCCAUAUAACGACUUCGUGUCUCGUUUUUCCCCCUGCCCCUCGCACACGACUGCUUAAAGAUGGAUCUCGGUCUGCAAGGCGUUCACGUUCUCGUAACAGGUGCAAGCGGAGGCAUAGGGUUAGAGACGACUCGCGUCUACCUCUCUCUCGGAGCGACCGUGACCGCGCACUUCAACACGCAAGACGCGACCCUCAAGCCUCUCCUCGCAGAGCACCCAAAGACCCUGCAGGCACUCCAAGCGAACCUCGCCUCCGAGCCGCAGGUCAUCAAGCUCAUCCAGGUGGCGUCCAGCACGGACUUCGGCCCCGUGCAGGUGCUCGUCGUGAACCACGGCAUCUGGCCCGCUGCGGACGAGCCCGUCGCGGAGAUGUCGCUCGAGCGGUGGAACAACACGAUCGCUGCGAACCUCACGUCGUCGUUCUUGAUUAUUAGGGAGUAUUUGAAGGUUUUGAAGGGCGCUAGUGAGGUGCAGAAGGAGAAGGCUGCGGUUGUUAUGGUCGGGAGUACCGCUGGUAAGUUUGGAGAGGCGGGGCAUGCGGACUAUGCUGUUACCAAGAGCGGGAUGAUGUACGGCUUGACGCUGUCGCUGAAGAACGAGAUCGUCAAGAUCGCACCCAGAGGCCGCGUCAACACUGUCGCGCCCGGAUGGGUAUCGACACCGAUGGCAGAGGAAGCUUUGAAGGAUCCCAACGUUUCCUACCGCGCCCUCGCGACAACACCUCUCAAGAAGAUCGCGACGCCCCGCGACAUCGCGAACCAGAUCGCGAUAAUAUCAUCCAGCGUCGUCUCGGGUCAUGUAACCGGACAGGUAGUCAUGGUCGAGGGCGGGAUGGAGGGUCGGCUGUUGAACAGACCCGAGGACUUACUAUGACGUGCCAUAACCCAGGGACUGAAUACAGAGAUGAAGUGGAUGGCAUGCACGGAAUUCUGAUAUUCGAAUGGGUCUUCGCUCGCUCUUGGCUGGAAGAAUAGAGCGGAUGUGACUGCAUGGCAAUGCGAGAUUGACACACGUCAAACC